AUGUCUCUAUCGAAUAUAUUGCAGCAUGUCAAACGAAAAGGUCAAAUUAUACCUAAAACAAACCGAUCUGAUAGAGAUGAGACAUUGGAAGCAAACAGGACUGCUGAACAACUGAAUGUUAGAAAUCAGCACAGAUACAGCAAUGGUGAAAAUAGGGUCGUUGAUCCUGUCGUUGCUAGGUUAAAAGCAGCUCGUAAGUUAGAGAAAGAGAAAAAAGAGCAAGAAGCAAGAGAAAAGAAAGGAUUAGCGCCCAAGAAGCCAAAAAGUGCACCAAGAAGUGCCCCAAGAAGUGCCCCAAGAAGUGCCCCAAGAAGCACCAACACGAAUGGAUUGCGAAGUAAUGAGACAAAAAAAAAUAUCGGAGGUGGUAGAUUGAAUAACUCUGGUAUUUCUCCAAUUACUGAUAUGCGUCCAAAAGUAGCACCGGCUCAUAAACCUGUUAAGAAGAUGAAUUUUAACGAUUUAAUGAAAAAAGCAUCAAAAAUUGACCAAAGCAAACUAUCUGUAUCUAUUAAACCAAAAGCAAAAUCACCUGAACUUCGUUCAUCGGCUGUCAAAAAUAAACCAUUAUCAAGAGCCAGUUCUGCUCCAACCGAGGGUCGUAGGAAUGUACCAAAAAGAAAAGAAGUAACCUCUACUUCCAAAUAUCCUAAUUCUGAUGAUAAUAAGAAUUCGACAAGGGCCCCUUUACCUGUAAGAAAGCCAUCUUCCAAACUAGAGGAAAGAUUAAAGUCUUCUGGUAAGACGAAACCUAGUAAUAGUCAAUACAAUAGAUCCCAAUCCUAUAACGACUCCGAAGAUGAAGAUGCUGAAUCUUUUAUCAUAUCUGAUGAUGAAGAAUAUGGCUAUGGAGACUCAAAUGCACCUGAUUAUGAUAGGGAUGAGAUUUGGGCAAUUUUUAAUAGAGGUAAGAAAAGAUCAUAUUACGAUAGAUAUGAUGAUGACUCUGGGGAUGAUAUGGAAGCAACUGGCGCAGAAAUAUGGGAAGAAGAAAUGAGAUCCAAGCGCAAUGCUGAAUUAGAAGACCGUAGAGAACUUGAAGAAGAACAAAGAUUAGCAGCAUUAAAGAAGGCUAGAAAACUGAAUCAACGCUAA